AUGGCCAAAGAGCUCAAGGUGCUGAGUGCGCUCGACGCCGCCAAGACGCAAUGGUACCACUUCACGGCGAUCGUGAUCGCCGGCAUGGGCUUCUUCACCGACGCCUACGACCUCUUCUCCAUCUCGCUCGUCACCAAGCUCCUCGGCCGCAUCUACUACUUCGACCCCAGCUCCAAGACCCCCGGCUCUCUCCCGCCCAACGUCUCCGUCGCCGUCAACGGCGUGGCGUUCUGUGGCACGCUCGCCGGGCAGCUCUUCUUCGGCUGGCUGGGCGACAAGAUGGGCGCAAGAAGGUGUACGGCAUGA